AUGGAAUUUUUGAAACCAUUUCUUGUUGAAGUCACAGAAGAAUUACUGUACAACAUUGUGUACAAUGUCAGCGAGGUUCCAGUUGAUUACGGAACUUUAAGCACCGAAUUUAAGAAGAAAACUGGCCAUCAUCCGAUGGAGUUUUUUGGCUUUGGUAAUGUAACCGAGCAAGAAUGGCCAGAUUUCAUCAAAAAUAUUCCUGGACUGACAGAAUACAGGGGUGAUAGGGUAUGUAUUAACGACAAUAUCAAUGAAAACGAAGAUAAAAGAGCGAGUGUUUACCGCCAAAAUAACAAUACGUCCACGAAAUUUGGGUCAUGCUUUGGACAAAGGCAACAACUGUUAACUGUCGCAGCAUAUCGAGAGGAAUUUCUAAUUCUGUCCUGCAAGAUGAUUGGCCCACAUUAUUUUGCUAACUUGGGUGGAUAUUGCCAGGACAACAAGGGCAAUACCCCUCUCCAUUUUGUCGCAGCGUUACCUGGUCAUUAUCUUCAGAACGUAAGCCAAUUUUCCGUUACGUUGCCGUUGGUGAAAAAUUUGUUGCGAAUUGGUAUUAAUCCUCUGACAUUAAACUGCACUAGCCAAAAUUUCCUUCACACAAUUACUUGUGCAUUUGAAGAGGAAGAGGAGACGUUUUACGUGGGAGACGACGAAGAGUACCCCUCUUUCGUUUAUGCAAGUGAACCUUUCUCCCAUUACUUCACUAACGGUAACGCUACCUAUUUUCAUCAAUAUGUUCGGGAAAGAAUUGCCGUCAUAGAUCUGCUUUCGACCGAAUUAACGCCGGAACAACAAACGUUGUUAGUGAAUGCACAAGAUUGCUGGGGCAAUACCGUGAUGCAUGAAUGGGCAAAGAUAAUAUCUAUGCUGUGUGUUGACGAUUAUGAUCCAUUCGACAGGAAAAAUAUAUUGGAGAAGUUAGUUAAUGAACUUGGUGCAGGUCUACGACUUCAAAACGACAAAGAGGAGGUGGCACUUCAUCAUGCUUUUCAUCCCACCAUAUUUCGAACUCUUCUUGAAAUCAAAGGAUGGAUGAAUAAGCCAUUAUGUCGAACAAGAAAUUCUCACGACGAAACAACGGUUUUUUCUAUGUUGAAACGUUUGGUCGGAUUUGCAUUUGUUGGUACAUCUGUCUUUAAGGAACUCUCAGAUCUGUGUUUUCUCGGGAUCAAACACAAUGAAUCGGUCACUGUCAGUAUCGAAAAAGCUAUAACAAUGCUGCAAGAAUUUACAUACUUAGUCGCUAAAAAGCAAGAAGUCCGGAAAACACUUUGGAUUUCAGAUGAGAAAGGCAACUGCAUUGUUGAUAUAAUAUUAAUUGCCAUUCGACUUGGAUCCUACCAUUUGGAACAGAGUACCGUAGUUUUGGACUACAUUGAGCUGCGAAAAUGCCUGGUUGAAUUGUUGAGUCAAAUCUUACAACAUGGGAACGCCAAUGACAUGAAACAACGAAACAGCAAAGGUCAAAGUGCUCUACAUGUACUUCUCGACAUGGGAGAAGGAAAUAUAAACACCGUUAUUAACGAUGAUCAUAUACUUCAAAGCGUAGAAAUACUUCUCAAGCACAACGCGGACGUGAACGCAGUUGAUUCAGAGGGACGUACUCCUCUCGAUGUUAGCUACAAGUACUACGACAGAAGGCCUUCCCUUUAUAUGAAAUGCGCCGAAUUGCUAAUCCACCAUGAAGUCCAUGUUGUUCCGCCGGGGAUCAACGCUUCUUCUCCUGCCACAAGUCGACUAUCCCAAAGUUCAUCCGUCCAGCCAAGUUUACUGCAAGGUAUAACCAGCUUGAGUCUUAAUGAAAGACGAAAACUACGCGGAUCAUGUCCCAAGAGUCAUUUAAACAACGCGAACAGAUUAAUUGAUAUAAACAGCGAAGUGACUGUCGUAGGAAGAUAUCGUUAUUCCAGUCAAGAUCCAAUUGGUUCUGGGGCAUUCAGCUCAAUCUUUGUCGCCGUUAAAGAUGAAAACGAGGACAACAAAUCUGGUACGAUUAACUGUCGUGCUUACGCCUUGAAGCGAAUGGAGAAAGCAAAGAUGAAUGCAAACGAGUUCAGACGUGAAAUCAGUACUUUGCUUUCUAUUUCUGGACAGUGUGAGAAUAUCAUUAAGUAUUACGAAUCUGUUGAAGACGAUUUCUUCCAUUACCUCUCUCUCGACCUGAUGGACGGUGAUAUGCACGAGUUUGUCAGAAACGACUAUGCCAAUAAAGUUUUGAAGGAUCCAGUUUUACGUGUGCAAGUUACAAAAGAAAUCAUUAAUGGUUUAGCAUUCGUUCACGAGCAGAAGUUUAUUCAUCGCGAUCUGAAACUUGGAAACAUCCUGUAUACAACAGAUCCCGCUUUGCAUUUCAAGAUCGCCGACUUUGGGCUGACCAAGAACAUGUCCACUUCAUCAAAGAUGAUUUCAUCCAGGGGGAGUGGUGUUGCCAUGGCACCAGGUACGCGAUGUUGGAUGGCGCCAGAGCUGAUCAGUAUGGAAUCAAGAGAGCAUACCCUACAGUCAGAUAUCUUUUCCUUGGGACUGGUCCUCCAUUAUCUUCUCACUCUGGGCAAACAUCCAUUCAAUGCAACAGAAAGUGAAGAACCAGCUCACGUUAUUGAACAAAGAAUCGUACAGACACAGGUUACACUCGCAUUUUAUCCCGAAGCCGCUAGUUUUUUUCAGAUGCUUUUGAGCAAAGAUCCUUUAAAGCGUCCGCCAGUGAACGUCCUCCACCAGCAUCCUUUCUUUUGGAACGAGAGAAAAAAGAUCGAGUUUCUUACAGCGGUUGGUAACCAACCAGAAGCUGCCAGUCCAACCAAACACCCCAACUCGCAAUUGGAGCAACGUUUGCAGGUGACGAACAUUGGCCGGAAGGUGCAGCCAGUGCAAGGGGGUUCCGCUUGGAACCUUGUAAACCUUCAAAUGGAUGCUUUGUUUGCAGAAAGUCGGAGACAAAAGUAUAGAACUGAUAAAGUAAUCGACUUGCUACGAUUUAUCAGAAAUGCAUACGCCCACAAGCAAGAAAGAUCGCCAGUGGCACAAGGGUACCUGGACAGAAAUAUUUUCCUACAGACAUACCCUUCACUUGUUUUGGAUGUGUUCAGUGUGGUACAAGAUCUUGGUUUCCUUAACGAUCCAAACCGUAAGAACAUUCAACAAGCUCUAACUGCAAAUGUAUAAUCAGUAGAACAGGCGACUAUGGCAUUAGGAGUGGACCGGUCCAGUAGAUAUCUUGGGAGGGGGUGGAUAGAUUCCAAAAACAAAUUGAUGCACAGUGAAAUAAAAAAAACUCCUGCAACUACGGUCACAGAAUAUACAGAAAAUUCAUGUUUCUACACCGUAAAAAUUAAAAAACUUUUUGCAAGGAAAAUUUCAACCUCUUACAGAGGGUCUUAUUUCGGCUAGAAAGUCCACCCUGGGAGAUCUACAGUAUAAUGGUCCACCCCUUAGUAUGAAAGUUUUUCUCUGUGCACUUAUAUAUAUACUCAAGUAUUUUAUCCAAAUUAAAAAUGAAUUUCCGGUGUCUUAAAACCGCAGGCUUAUGAUAUUUUUAAAAGAUUUGUAUGGAACAAUAACCUGAAAAUGUAGUUGUAUUCCGAAGUCUUUUCUAUAACAAAUCUAAAUCGUAAGUCUGUGGUCUGAUUGAAACACACAGCCAUUGGAAAUACAUUAUAAUAAGCCUUAGAGGUUAGGUAGUCCAAGAUUAACGACGCAUUGUUUCCGGAAAAUUCUGGUUUACCAGUUGGCAGUAAAGUUAUGCCUACAUUACAGACUGUAGUAAAUGUUAUAUAAAUAGACACGUUUUACGAAUCGUAAAAAUCAAAGACAGAUUACAAUGGCUAUUUAGUCUUAUAGUAACAACCUUUACGUCGAACAGUAUAACUAUAAAAGGAGAUCGUAGAUUUUAGAAUGACCUUUUGUGUAAUUGCAUACGUAAUUGUACACAUAAAAAAAUUCAAUGUAGUAGACUGAAUAAAAGUCAAGU